UUCGCACCUGACGGUAAACAAAGAUGGCGGUAGUAUAGAUAGACGGUCAAAGCUGUAGAAUUUGAGGAAUUUUCGGUGUUAUUAUUGAACAUGGUACCAUGACAUAACCAUUAACCACUUACUGACUUUUCGGAGGAUACGUUGUACCAAAGUGACUCUUUGAAGCUAAAGCGUAACUUCAAAUUACACAGGUGUGCUAAUUUACCUGUGGACAGGUAAAAACGCGGAAGUAUUGUUGUAAACAUUUGAAAUAUGGCGGACUGUAUAAGUAAUCUGCUACGGGCCAAAAUAUUGACUCUUACCGGUAUCAUGUACGGUCUGUGUAGUUUAGCGUGCGUUUUAUCAGCGCUGCUACCAUUUUGGUUCGUCCUGAACGUAGAUUUGACAAUUCAAGACGACCGACAGACGGUGCCGAGGUCGAUUAAUUCUGGUUUAUUCUUCAUGGACGAGAGCCGAUUCAUCAACAUGAUGAUGCUGGAUAAGAUAGACAACCAAGGACUGGUUCCACCAAUGCUACGGAUGGCUCAGCUGCUGUACCUGCUGGGAUCACUGGGGAUGAUUGUGUGCUGUGCUACAACAUUUCUCUUGGCAUGUAGGAAAUACGCCUCCACGACAGGAGAGCUUUGCCUGGCUGUGGCAACCACCCCUCUAACCAUAUGCCUGCUGACGUCAAUAAUCCUCGUAUUCUUGUCAGUAAUUGCGGACACCCAGGCAGAAUGGCAUGGUCUCCCUGUUCCGGAUUAUCAACCAAACCGGUUUGGGUUUUACAAAGUACUGAUCUCUGUUCCAGAUGUUUCCAUUAAUUAUGGGACAUACAUAGCAUGCAUUGGAGUUUUCUUUUCCAUACUUGGAACAGUCUGCAUGUGGAUUCAGGCUUGCUGUACCUGUCGGGAGUACCACGACACCCGUUAUCACAUGCUAAGAGAAGUGCCUGACCUUGGUUCCAGCCCAAUUCCAGGGAAACUGAACCACUCUGCUUUCGCCAAUAUCGGGUAUACAAAAACAAAUCCUGGCGAAAUCAAUAUCUAAUUCUGUUUCUGAACCAUUUUCUCAACAAAAAACAAAGGGGAAAAAAGGAAAAUCUAAAAAUCAGAAAAUGUUUUAUGGUUAAAUGUAGGUUAUUCAUAUCCAGCAUAGCAAGACCACCUUGAUUUUUCUUUUUCCUUCUUUCUGUUUUUUUUGAGAAAUUGGGACUGGAUGUAUCUUUUCAAGUUUCCUUGAAUAAAUAAGUAGAGUCUAAACUAAACUAAGAUGCAAAUCAUGAUAUUUUAUUUAUAUGCAGCAAAAUUUAAUUGAUGUCUGAAGUGACAAACAGUAAAUAUGUUGUAGGGCAUGAUUUUUUUGAUUUUUUUUUGAAUUUCAAUUAUGCAAUGAUGUUCUCAAACUCAACUAUUUUAUUCAAGGAAAUACCUAUAUGAUUAAGACUGCAAAAAUUCUGUUCUUUACAACAAAAAUAUAUGUAACUUGUUAAAUUAUUGAAAAGUUAUUUUGUGUCAGUUUGCUCGUCCGAUCAUGAUCAUUAUUGGUGCAAAUUGAUAGAUGGAAUUUUACUCUUUUCAUGGAAGGUUUUUUUUUCAGGAAAAUAAUUUGAUAUCCGUGAGAAUAUUAUAAUUUUUAAAGGGUACUUGAUAUAUAAUAUACCAUAAAUUUAUUUGAAUUUAGGACAAGUGUUUUCUAUAAUUUAGUUCUUGCUGCUCUCUAACUUUUGUAAAAAUAUUUAAAAAAUUAAACUGUUUUCUUACCUAUAUCUAUACUGAUGAUUUUGGAGGCAUAUAGAUAAAUAAUUACUGCUGAUCUUACAAGAACUUUCAAUUUUCCAAGAAUUUAACAUAUAUCUGAUCAAAAUCACGACAUAUAUCGAUCCCUCAUCCCAACAUUUUUUUAAAGCUUCAUAAAUGCAUCACAAAAAGUUCUUUUAUUUUAUUGUACAAAAUUGAAUAUUGUUGUCCAUUGUAAAAAUUCCCAAUCAUCAAAAAUUUCAGGAUAUAUGCACAAUCAUAUAUUUCAUCGAUAUCAUUUAGAAAGUUAGUUACCGUCGAAAUUGAGUAGGAAUUUAACCAAAUGUAAUUUUAUACUCAACAUAUAUUACUUAAUGAUACAUAUUUUAAUGUACUGGCUAUAAAUAGAAUGUGUAAUAUCCUUAUAUAUAUGUGUACAAUAUAAUUAUGUAACUUAGCUUUAACUCAUUUAUGAUAUUUAACUCGUAUGCAAUUUAGAUUAAUUUUAGAUGCUAUUGUAGAUUUUCAAUAACAGCCCUCUAGGUACUUAUAAAUAUUACAUUUUGAUGGUCAAAUGCGAGCAUGUACUUUAAUACUUAAAGGUUUUAGUAAUAUGAUUAUUAAUUUCAAAGUGGUUUUUUUCAAAACACACAUUGAACUAUACUGGCCAUUGGUUUGAUAAUCUCAGUGUAAUUAAAAAUUUAAAAUAACAAUUAAAUAAGAGUUUACAUAUUCUGAAACAUUGAUGAAAAUGAAGAUCAAAUAUUUUUUUCCUAGAAUU